GGGGCGGGGACCCAAGCCCAUCCAGAUUGAGGAUGAGCCAUGUUUCCAGAUCUGUAUGCACUGGCUACGGCCAGCAGGAGGGCUAGGGCCACGUCCUCCAGGAAACCCACAACGCAAGUGGGGCCAGAGGUGCCUUUGACUGAGGACAAAUGAAGCCAGGGACAGGCCAGGUGGGCUGUAAGGUCCUUGGUGAGCCAGGCCUUCUUCCCAAGAGGUACAAGGGUCUUCUGCUGCUGCUACUGGUACUAGGCCUGGCCAGGGGCACUCAGGAGCCACUGGCUCUGACAGCAGCACCACGGAGCAGGACCCCAGGCCCAGGGGCCUCCAGCCUGUGGAACAUAUGGGGAAGGUUCCCUCUCCAGCCCCACCCCCAGGAGGCAGGCCCCAGGUGCUGGCCCCAUGGCUUUUGGUCCGAGUCUCAGUCACCAAUGUUUGUCUUUGGCAGUGGAACCCAGCUCACUGUCCUAGGUCAACCCAAGGCUUCCCCAUCAGUCACACUGUUUCCACCCUCCUCUGAAGAGCUCAAGGCCAACAAGGCCACUCUGGUGUGUCUGAUAAAUGAUUUCUAUCCAGCCACCAUAGUGGUGGCCUGGAAAGCAAAUGGCACCCUCAUUACCCAGGGUGUGGAGACCACCCAGCUCUCCAAACAGAGCAACAACAAAUACAGGGCCAGCAGCUACCUAAUCCUGAUGCCCAACCAGUGGAGAUCUCACAAGAGAUACAGCUGUCAGGUCACACAUGAAGGGAGCACUGUGGAGAAGAGUGUGUCUGCUGCAGAGUGUUCUUAGGUCCCCAGUGCUCACCCCACCCUCCAGAGGCUGGAGCAGAAAGAACUGGGGAGGAGUUUCCCCCUCCCACUUCAGCCAUUCUCCCGGUAACCAACAGUACUCAAUAAAAUAUCCAUUUUAUGGAUAAAUCGUGU